ACUUACCAAAAAAAACCCACGUGAUACUAAUAAUUUUCUAAUAGCAAUCAGAAUAUCGGGCUAAAGCAAAUUUACACUGGUAUUCGUAUUCGUCACAUCCUUAACUACAAGAGCUUGGCGUGGUGAGCAACGGAAGUGAACUUUAGUGAACUGAAUCAGGGAAUACUCAUGUUGGAACCUGAAGUAAACAAACAGUCGUGGAUUAAAAUAAAAUCUAAUUGGGGAGAUUUCAUGUGAAUACUUGUCUUUUGUUUUCUCUGCAAGUUAAAUCUUGUAUGAGUUGAUUUGGAUGUCCACAAUGAGCUGCAAUGAUAAAACAAAUAUCGGUAGUAUCACCCAUAGGUUUUCGCUACCACUUCACGCGAACCCAGAAUGUUUGGACCCGUGUGUUAAUAGUCAGUGGAUUGCGGUUCCUAUUUCGCAAAAAAUCAUAGGGGUGUGGCGCACAUCGGACCAUGGCAUCCCAAAUCCACCCAUUGAACUUUCAGGACACUCUUCUCGGAUUUCUGCCUUGUCUUUUCACUCAAGAAAUGGCGAUAAACUUGCCUCAGCAUGCAAGGACCAAAUUUUGACUUGGGAUUUGGCCGGUGCAGAUGGCAAUGCAAGUAAACAAGUGUCAGGCAAAACUUGUUUUGUGAAACCAGGCGAAGUCACAGCGAUGUGUUUCAACAACAAUGGAAAUAUCAUUGCUGCUGGGGUUGAUAAUUCUAUCGUGCUUCUUGAUUCUUCAAGUCAGAAACAUUCUGUAGGUAUUUUAAAAUGCCACAAAGCAAUGAUCACUAGAUUGGAGUACUGUCCCCACUAUUCUGCAACAUUACUCUCAAUAUCUGAUGACCGCAGUUUUUGUGUUUGGGAUGUUAAUGAAAUGUCACUGCUAUACCAGUCAGCCAUUAUAUCUUCAGGACCCCUAAUCUGCAUGUCUAUGAACUGGGCAGUCCCUCAUGUUGCUAUUGGGUCAGCCGAUGGAAGUGUGAAAAUAUUUGAUCUAACUGAUGGUAAUGGUUUUAGGCAAUUACACAGCUUGGAUUUGGAGCUAUAUUUAAAACGCCAGGCUCCUGAUCAAAAACAUUUGCUGAGAGACACUAAGGGAAACAGUAAUGUAAAAGCACCUACAGGCUGGGCAGUUUCUGAUAACUCUUCAGAAGUAGAAUCUGGGGAAUCUGUGUUAAGUAUCCAGUAUGUGUAUUACAAGCAGUUGAAUCAGUCCUCAAUAAAUUCGCCAUUUGUUAAUUUGAAAUCUGGCACCCAUGAUGUGCUGACUGACCAGCCCCCUUCAGUCUGUAUGACGACUUCAAAUGCUGUGUUGCAAAUGAAUUCAAGGACGUAUGAGAUAAUAGAUGUGAAGAGUUUCAACUCUGAAAUGGACAGUGACAAGUUUUCAAGUUCUAAAGUAGUUGGACCGAUUGCUUAUUCUGCUCUUAGUCAAACAGAGCAGUGUUCAGUAAUGGCAGUUGUAGGAACUCGUUUUGAAAGCAGUAUUCAUGUUGUACUCUGGGAUUUGCAGAGCAAGGAAGCAAUGAAUGCUGGAGAUACUUUUUCUGAAGAAUUUAACCCCAAAAGUGAUGAUCUUAUUCUUAACAUAAUUCCCGACACUGUGUUAUUGCUUGGAUCUCCACUCAAGGCAGAAAUGUUACCCCCAGUUUCAUCAACACCUACAACAAAGGGGGAUAUUGCGACAGGUAAAAAGAAGUUAGCAAACCCCAUGAACCAACCUUUAACAUUUAAGAGCAAAAUCAAGUCUUCUGGUUAUUCACAGGCCCCAAGAACUACUAUGUUCAAACCUGAUACCAGCAAAAGAAACCUCUUGAACAAUUCAUCUAAUAAUAAAGCUGUACCUCAAACUGACAAAACGUCAGUCAAGAAAAUGUUGAAAGAAGAAUACAACUCUAGCAAAGGUCCCCCAGUAGAGUUGUGCGACAGUUUUGAUGUUGAUCACCAGUCAGUUGCGGUUCUUAACCUUCGAUUUGCUGAUGAUGGAAGCGCCCUUGCCUGUUCUCUGUCUAACAAAACAGCUCUUCUGAUGAAGUCUCCUUUCAGCAAACAUAAAUGUACAGCACUGGUUGGUCACAAUAAUGUUAUAAAUUCCACUUUCUUCAAUAGCACCAACUCAGUUAUAAUUACUGCUUCAAAUGACAAGAGUGCGUUGCUGUGGGACAAAACUGGAGGUGACCCUAUCAUGACUUUGACCCACCAGAAAGCAUCAAAGAAAGAACAGCAAAUCAAAGGCUCUGUUUCAGAUGCUGGUUCUUCCUCAGCUGCCAGGAAGAAGACUAACUUUACGAAACCCAACGACUCUGCAGGUCUCUCUGCUUCAGCAAGUUCAGAAAAUUCUUUAUUCAGAAAGGAAAUGAAGCAUGCACAAUUUUUUUACAUGGAUAAAUUCAUCCUUUUAAUAAAUGGGCCUCAGCUAUUUCUUUACAAGUAUUUUGUUAGCCCUCAGAGGGAUGAAAUUAAGUCGUAUCAAUCACAGAAUCGCUACAAGAUUGUCAGUCAGUGGGAAGCUGGCAGUACAUCAUUCACAGCUUGUGCUGCAGUCAAUACAUUUUUCUCUCAUCUUGUGGUGUGUGCAACAACAGCUCGUGAUAUUGAGGUAUAUGAUUUGAACAAGUCAGUUCUUGCCCAUACAUUUUCAGGUGCUCACAAUCGGCCAGCAUACUGUGUGACAAUUAAUGAAGGCUCUUGCUUUGCUUCUCAACCUUCAGAUGCCCACAAUGUUGUUGCAAGUGUUGCUCCAAAUGAUCCUGUCAAAAUUUGGGAUCUACGCACAAAGUCCAAUGUUCAGGCUCUUGUGGGACAUUCAAAUGGAGCUGUCAAUUGUCAAAUUGCAUUUAGUCCCUGUGGUAACUAUCUUGCUUCUGGUUCAGAGGACAAACUAGUGUACAUAUAUGACAUUCGUAUGGGCACAUACUGUGAACGUUUACGUGGUCAUAACGAGGUAGUAUGCAGUGUAGCUUUCCACCCGGCACAGCCUCUUUUGGCUUCUGGAGGUGUAAAUGGAAAACUUCUAUUUUUUAAAGCCUGAUAACAAUGAUGCAUUAUAUAAUCUUACCCUCUUUGUUUAAUUUUGGCAAAGGUGCUAUGUAAGAAGUUCUACUGCAACAAAGCAGUAUCAGUUAGAAGUGCAACUGUGCAUUGUCCUGAAAAGGUAUCAUAGUCAACUGACUUUUGAGUCUUGCAUUUUUUUUUUCAGAUUUAAUUCUUUUCAUAGUAUUUUGUGGGCCUUACCCAUCUGGUUUUGUUUUUUAUGUGACUGGAGCUAAUAUUAAUACUAAUGAGUGAGCUAAUUAUACUCUCAGUUUAGUGUUACUCCUCAUAGACCGUUAGUUGAUAUUUCGCUUAUCCCGGCUCAUGAUGAUUUGUUUUUAGCAGUUAUUGCAACUUCUGUUUGUCCCUGCCUCUUUACUGUGUCUGUGUUUCUGGGCGGCUUAUAAGUGGAGGAUGGAGGGGAGGGGGAGGGGGAUGAGAAUAAUACUCUUUUCAAUACUGUAAGGUUAUUUAAGACUAGCUGGGCCCC